UAUACGCUUCUCUUGCUCUCCAGAUGUCAAAAGAUAAUCCUCCACCACUCUCAGGUCAGAUAAGCUCCGGGUAUUCAUCUCAAAGCUCCUUCAACAGCAGCACAACGGAGAGUAGUAGCAGUGGAAUGUAUUACGCGGCUCCAGCCCGCCCUCCUGGUCUUAGACCUAGCUCUGAAGAAAUACAACCACCUCAAUCUCAGACUGGGGAGCCACACCCACAACCUGACGCAUUGCUACAGCCGCCAAUAUCCAGACAUCAUUAUUCACAACCAAUUCCUCAAACUCAACCCACACAGCACCCGUCCCUUAUUCCAUCUAGAGACGGGCCCCCCAGGGGGCUGGAUAUUCCCAGGGGGUCCGAGAACCGCAGUGGAAGCAUGAGCCCUCAAUUGCAACAGGCAAACGUACCGGGUCUGGGAAACGUUUUAAUAUUGGACCCCUCGGCAGUACCUUAUCGUAUAGUCACUGAUAGUGGCCUCUAUAACGUAUACCCAAGUAAUGCUGAUGAACAAGGACGGGUGGGCGGGGCUAUGGGUAGAGUUAAUAGCACAGGAGGAAUGAGGGGAGGGACCAACGCCCACGUACAACAUAUGGAGUAUACUAACGCUCAAGGGGGCAGCCCAUUAUUAUUAAUUAGGACGAAUCAGGCACAACCACACCCUCAUAAAACAAGGAGCUAUUCACAGCCUGAGGCUAAUCUUCAACGAUAUUUCCCCGGGGGUAGGGGGGGUGGGGCCAGGAGAACAUGGGAGAGUUACGAUAGUGGGAGUGUUCCCGAGGAAUCGGAAGACGGUGGAGCUUAUUUCCGUCAUUAUUCGACACCUUCAAGACCUGGUAUGAAUCAACAACAACAACAACAUGUGCUCCAGCAGCCAAUGGAAGAAGUUACUAAGAAUAUAUCAACCAGUAAGGAUUAUGGUGGCUACGAUUACUCUUUCAUUUCAUCACAUGAAGAGCUUCAUGAGUUCAUCUGUCCUAUCUGCCGCUUGGUCUUACGCAGCCCCCACCUCACCGACUGCUGUGGGGCCUGCUUUUGUAGCACCUGCAUUAGAGAACACAUCUCUUUAGAUAACUCCUGCCCACUGUGUAAGAAAGAGACCUUUAGUGUCUUCAUCAAUAGGAACAUUGAGCGAUCCAUAAACAGACUACAAGUGAAGUGCCCUAAUAAUGCUGAUGGGUGCGUGUGGGUGGGGCCGCUGGUUGACGUGGCAACGCAUGUCGACCUAAAUAAAGGAGAUUGUGAUUUCGUACGUUGUCUCUGUCCUUUUUGUGAUGAGGAGUUCUCCUUGAACACCUUGUACACUCAUAAAACUGACAAGUGUCCCAGACGUCCCUAUUCCUGUAAAUUCUGUUCAUUUAGAAGUGCUUACGAAGACAUGCCCUCCCAUUGGCCGCUCUGUGAUGGCUACCCCGCCCCCUGCCCUAACGACUGCGGCUCCAUUGAUAUGCCAAGGAGGGACAUCCCCCAGCAUUUGGAGGUGUGUCCACGUAAAAUCGUCGAAUGUGAUUUUAAAUUUCUUGGUUGUGAUUCCACCUAUCCUUUAUCUGAUGCACGGGUCCAUGAAGAAAGCUCCGCCCACUUUCACAUGAGCCUGAUGGGUAGGAUGGUUAGGGAGCUAAUGAAUAGAGAGGCCACACCUACUGGCCCUACCCACAAGGACCUAGAGGAGCGGCUGGAAGAGAAGGAUAGGGAGUUGUCUUUAUUAAGAGAGCAGGUACAAGUACAGAGCAAGGAACUAGGAGAGCUUCAUUCUCUUGUCUCUUCACUUGAAGAGUCUCAGGCCAAACUAGCAAAAGACCUUCAGAAGGUUCGGUCUCAUGUUGUGACUCCGCCCUUUCACUUUACGGUCUAUAAAUUUAAUGAGCUUCGUUCUUCCGGCAAGCAGUGGUUUAGCUCUCCAUUUUAUACUCAUCCUCAAGGCUACAGAAUGUGUAUCAGUUUGGAUUGCAACGGGUCGGACGAGGGAAGGGGUACUCACGUCUCUGUGUAUGCUAACCUCAUGAGAGGAGAAUUUGACGAUGAGCUCUCUUGGCCUUUCUGUGGUAUCGUUGUGAUCCAAUUGAUUAAUCAAUACGGGGGUGGAGAGAAAGGAGGACAUAUUGUCCACGAGAUCCCAUUCACUCCUGACGUCCCCCCGGAGAUAUCCGAUCGAAUUUUGGAUCAAGAGCUAGCGGAGAGUGGUCUUGGCGUUCCACAGUUUGUGGCUCACGGGCAGCUCCAGUUGGAUAAGUAUACCAGCUGUGGGUACCUCAGGAACGAGUCCCUGAGGUUUUGUGUAACUAGCGUUAGAAGGAACUAGACCAGAAAAAGAUUGUGUGUUUAUUUGUUACUAGAUUGUCCCUUUAUUAUUAUUGAAUAAAUUAUAAAUAAAUUCUUUAAAUUGUCAAUCAUUUCUUCUUUUAAAAAUAAAAUUUUCAUUAAAUUUGCCCACGUGUUAACACGUGGCAAGUA